AUGCGUCGGACAAAAGUGCCACCGUCUGUCGCCGUCGUCGUUUUCCAUCUGAGCGCUGGCGAUGCUUCCGUUCCCACCACAACCUCCUCCUCCUCCUCCACCAUCACCAUCACCACCACCUGCCUCCUGAUUCCUCCCUCGCCGCUAUCCAGCCCUCAAGAGACUGCUGCGAUGCUUUCUCACACGAAUCGCUCGGCUUCGUGGGCGUGGAUUUGCGCCCUCUUGCUCCUCGCAUGGAAGGUCGAGGCCGAAGUACGUGUUGAGCGGCCAAUCUCCUCGCAGCUUCCGGCUAUCGCCCGCUUCGGACAACCCUACACCUGGUCCUUCGCCCAAAACACCUUUGUCGACACAAACUCGACCGCUCCACUCCACUACAAUGCCACCGGACUGCCCUCUUGGGCAACCUUCGAGCCGUCCAAUCGCUCCAUCUCCGGAGUCCCACAAGGACCACCUCCAGGGUCCUCCCGCGUCGGUACGAACGUCACCCUGAUUGCGAACAAUCCAGAGACGGGAAGCACGGCAUCCACCACGUACCAGCUCAUCGCGAUGACCGGAUCAGGCCCUACAGUCAACAAGCCACUGGCACUCCAGCUACCCAACGCUACGACUCUGGGAGCAGACUCAAUCCUGCCUUCGGGAGCUCAACGCCUCCCACUAGGCUGGUCCUUCUCUCUCGGAUUCGCCGGCGAUUCGUUCACUUCGGACAGCCACCGAGUGUAUCUCUCCGCUGCCUUGGCUGACGGCUCUCCCUUGCCAGAAUGGAUGCACCUUGACCAGACCGUCACUCUAUGGGGCGUGGCACCUACAGAUGUACACACGGCGGGCAGCUUCUACGAUGUCGUCGUCACCGCAAGCGACGUGGCUGGCUAUGCAGGCGUCAACUCCUCCUUUCAGAUGGUCGUGAGUGGAGCCCCACUCAUUCAAUCGGCACCGUUCCCCAUCAUCAAUGCAACAGCUGGACAGGAGUUCAGCUCCCAGCUGCCCCUCGAAGGAAUCGUCGACUCGGAAGGGGCACCCGUGAACGUGUCACAGCUGCGCGUCAGCGCCAACACCAGCGCGAUUGGCGACUGGCUGUCUUUCGACGACACAUCAAGAACCUUCUCCGGGACUGCUCCAUUCAAUCUCACCCAGGCUGAAGCCGUUACACUCACAGUACCCGUGCUCCUGACCAACGCGACGAACCCGAACGCUGCCCCAGUACCCGCAUCUGCUCGCAUCUCUGUCUAUCCUUCGCCUUUCUCGGUAUCGUCUUUACCGGAUGUCCAGGUGACGCCGGGCAAGAUGUUCCAGGUGGAGCUCGGAACCUACUUCCGUGAAACGCAGACUCCACCCCAUCUCACCCUCAAUCCUGCAUCGGCUAGUGACUGGAUCCACUUCGAUCCAAUGGGCAUGAUCCUGUCUGGCAAUGCUCCCAAAAAAGGGGCAGAGCGCGUCGAGGUGCAGCUUUCUCUGGACUCGGCCCAGCCGGGCGGCGACUACAGGAGUGUCUCGACACGGAGUUUCGCCAUCAACCCGAUGGCUUCGUCGACGUCUCCCACUCCGCUUCCUGCACCGGGACGCUCCACAUCCGGUGCAUCGUCGCCCACCAGUUCGAGUACUUCAACAGACGGCUUCGCCUCUUCCGUCAGCGGUUCAGAGACGAGCUCACAAGGUCUCAGCUCAAAGGCCAAGAUCGCCAUCGCAGCCUCUCUGGGUGGUGUCGGAGGCCUGAUCAUGCUCAUCCUGCUCAUGAUGUGCUGUCGACGACACUGCGCUGCCGAGGAUCGCCACUUCCGUGGAGCGCAUCCGGAUGACUACGCUUCUGAUUUCGAAAAAUCAUACGGGGGCAGGAACCUCGGCGACGACGAGCGCACCUUGGCCGACGACCGCUCACCCAGGUUCGGGUGGGCCAGCUUGGGCCCGGCUGGAAAGAAAGCAGGCAAAGAUAAAAAGGACGAGGAAAGCGCUAGUCCUUACCUGGAUCCUGAUGCCAACCUUGCCGCAGACGGAACUCCGGCCACUCAACGGUCUCCUUUCUCGGAUGCGAUGACACUGGCACCAUCCGACGAGGGCCACGGGCAAAACAUGUCGAACGGCCAACCACGUCAGGUGAUUACAACGAUGGGCAACAUCGCACCGAGACCGGCACAGCCGCCGUCGGCCUUCGUGCCUGCGCCUGCCUUUACCAUCACCAACCCAUCGCCGAUGGCGGCCGACAAGCCCAGACGCAGCUCCGUUCUGAAUCUGUUUAGCCGAACCCCAAAGGCAAGCAAGUCGAACCGAUCGAUUGCCAGCUUUGCCGCCGCUGACCCUAACGCGUACCCCGCUGAGGCUGACGAGAACGGCACUGGUGCUGGACAAGGCCAAUACGAGGGUCGAACCGAGAUGGCGAGCCCAACCUCGAUUGGUCUCGGGCUCGAGGGUAUGAUGGGUCGCGAUUUGUCUCAGAUGACAACGUCGAAGAGUCUUGCUGCUCGCAGUAGCUGGGAGUCGAAUCUGUUCUACGACGACACGAUGGAUCGUGGCGUCAGUACCGCAGCAGCUCCCAGCACGCCGGAGCGUCGACGUGCAGUUGCAUCGCGCACCGAGGCUCUCAGCCUGGACUCUCCGCUCGAAGUGCCGGUGCGCCGCAACCUCAUUUCUGCGCCCAUGCGACACAGAAACGCGCACAUCAACACCUCACCAGCCUUCAACCUGAACAACAGCUUCGAAAGCUCGCCUGAGCGAGACGACCAUGGACCCAAGGACCGACUGCGGGAGCCGCGUCAGUCGGACGCUCCCGUCGCUUCUGCGCGCAGUCGGGGUCAUGCAGGUCCAGUCGCAUCGGUAGACUUGGACGAUGCUGUGGUCGGCUAUGCUCGCAAGGUCAGCGUCGAGACUUCGGGCACAAUCCCGCCUCCGCAGCAGGUGAGCAUCCAGCAGGGUCAGCGCAACCUCUCGCAGCACCUCGAGAACUACAUGCACCAAGCCGCGCGCGGUGCCUCCAUCGACACCACUCGCUCUGGCUCUGCUGCUCAUGGCGCCAAUGAGGACGAUCCGUUCGAAGAUGCCGAGGACGAUCCCUCCAACGCGGCCAUCAUGCGAGACACUGCCGAGAACACCAAGAGAAAUUCGGCUGCGAGCUACGUGCCCAACCUGGCCGGUGCCGAAACCGCAGCAGUGCGCUACACAGAUAGCCGCCGAAGCUCCAUGAAGCCCAGCGUCGGUCAUUCUACACCCACUAGGACGGCAGACAGUACUGGUAGGGCAGCCGGCGCUGGCAGAACAAGUGAAGACUCGGCGCAUCAGCCCUCGUUGCGAGCGGUGCGACAGUCAACGGGUCCGGUGCCCGCUUCGCCAGUCGUCCCCGGCUCAUCGAAGCGUGAGGGCACGGCCGUGACGGAGAACCCAAAGACACCUACCCGCAAUCAGCGAACCUCUGUCGCCCCUGACGCUGGUGACACGAGCGCCACCAGGGGUGCUGCUGGCGGCGGUCGUCCGUGGUCGGCAGCUUCGAGUGCUUCGCGAGGCGGGGGAAUCUUCCAAACGCCUCAAUCGACCGCCACGCCAUCGCGCACGGCGCACAGAGCUACAUCGUCCGUCUCGCACCGAAGAAGCGACUCGUCGACGCGCUCGGGUGAUGCCCUGCCGGUGGGAGGCUCGACACCGUGGUCGCGCAUUCGUUCGCACAACAUCACCGUGCGACCGGGCGAGCUGAUUCGCGUCUCUGCACUCGCUGGAACCGCCGCACCGCCGAUGGUCGGUGGAGCUCCUGGCUCGCCCGGCAAGCGUUCUGGACGCAAGCUGAGCUAUCACCCGGUGCUGCAGGAUGAAAAGUACUUUGAGUACUACAACACCUGGCCCGAGUUCCUCCACUGGCUACGCUGGGACGACCGCAUGCAGGAGCUCUCCGGCACUGUCCCGCCCAAGUUCGGUCCGACGCCGCUCACGCUCAAGCUCGCCAUCCUUGCCAGGCCAACGGGAGGCGCACCUCCGAGCCCUAGUCCCAACUCGAGCCCCACCAAGUUUGGCGCGAGGUCUAGCCAGGGCCACGCCAGGUCGGCCUCGAGCGCAUCCAAUGCUUCGUUCGGCGCAGGAGGCGGCGCAACGGCCGAAGACGAAGUGGCCGCCAUCGUGAUGCUGGAUAUCCAGAAACUGGCCCCCACCACUCCGGGCAACCGUGCCUUCAUCUGA